UUGACAUGGACAGGCAACUUUGGAUAAAAUUAUCGGAUACUUCUUGACAACUGUCCACUGAGACUGUCCACAACAGUACAGAAGCUAAACCUGGACCUGAACGUCGUUCUCUUCAAAUUUGGAAUUCUUACCGAUCUACUUUACAAUUUGCUCCUUUUUUCGGAUCAGCCUUAGCUCUUGUACUUUGGAUCAUCAGUUCCAACAUCAGAUCGGGCAGUUUGGAUCAUCGUUAGUCCAUGGACGCAAACCACCUGUGGGAUUAUCAUUGCUACCUCAUGUUUUGAAAGCCGACGCGUUUUCAAAUAUUUUGGCGCCAUUUCUUGUGACGUGUCGUCUGCAAGUAAUCUGUUGGACACCACCGAUUGUUCGGACCACCUUACAGAGAUAAUCCGAUGCUACAUUUAAAUGUACUGGUCACAAGCCAACCGGUUAUUGUAUCUCUGAAGCUAUUGUACGCUUGGUGAUUCAUCUAAACACCGAGGAAGAGCAGAAUUAGAAGUAACAGCAAGUUGAAUGAGCUCAAUUGGAAUAGCUUUUGUUGUGACGAAGCCAAAAGCCGCCAAGUGAAUCAAGGUUACAGUGUUUGUAACCGACCAAAAAUUUGCUUAAACAAGGUUGUCAAAACCGAUGAAAAGUGACGUCGGAACUGAACAAUCACUUCUGAUCUAAUAUUUGUGUUACCACAUGCACGCGGAGUAUCCAGGUAAUCCUACCCAGUGGAACAUUAAACAUGAUAAUUAACAACUUAAUGAUCGAACUUCUGGAAAUAGAGUGUUUAUGAGAGUCUAAACACCAAACCCGUUUCAUCUGGAUAAUACAGUUGUUUGAAUCCAUUUUAAAGGAAAACACUAUUUGGAUCGUCAACCAACAGACUGCAGAAGGAAAAGGACGCAUUUGGUACUCAGUAACAGUUCUGAGACAACGCGAUCAGAAACCAACUAACACGCUCUACUCUUGAAAACUAGUGACUUUACCUGUCAUUAGAUGCCAUGACCCAUCACCGAGUCAACAUGCAACGAGUCACCAAGAAGCUUCGCCGGAUGACGGCCCCGGCAUCCAUUCAGAAAAAUGGAUUUGGAAUGGCGAACGGCGCGAGGGACGAAGACUUUAUUCACAUUGACGAUGUUGAUGAAGAAGGCUCGUCGUUUCUGUACGUGCCCUACCGGAAAAGAUCGUCUCAGAGUAUUUUAGAUGAAAGUGAUGGAGAGGGGGACGAUACAAGACCCUACAGUCAUGCAGACAGACACUCGUCGUUCCAUGACCCAAAUAUUAUCAGGAGAAGUAAACUGAAAGUUGCAGAAUCUCCAACUGAGGAGGUUGGGAAAGAUGGCAAGAACCCGUUCUCCUUCAAGUCCUUCAUCAAGAAAGAGAAGAGAAAAGCUGUCUAUUAUUCAUCUAGGGAGCAACUGGAUAGCUCAGGAAUGGAGGAGGAGGAUUUGGUAAAACUUGCAUGAAAUUUCUUUCUAAAUGUAAUCAGAAAGACUUUCAACUAAUCAACCUAAGGCCAAUUUCAGUAGCCUUGUAGAUCUAGAGUUGAUUUCUUAGAAGUCUUGCAGUUGUGCUCAUAAUUUUUCUUUAUUAGUAGUCACAUCUGCCUGUCUGUCCACCCCCUUCCAUCUUUCUCCCUUCCUCCCUCUAUCUCUAUCUGUCUAUCCAUCUCUG